GUGAGCGCAAAAAGCUAUAGUAUUUUUUCUCAUCGCCUGCAGUUCGCAUCGCCUGACUUAUUUUCCACAACAAACAAAUCAAAAUGAGUUCCGCUGAGUACUACCCAUUCAAGUGCACACCCACCGUCUACCCGGCGGAUCCCUUCGAUCCCGUCGAGGAUGCGGCCAUUCUGCGCAAGGCGAUGAAGGGCUUCGGCACCGACGAGAAGGCCAUCAUCGAGAUCCUCGCCCGUCGCGGCAUCGUGCAGCGCCUGGAGAUCGCCGAGGCGUUCAAGACCGCCUACGGCAAGGACCUGAUCUCGGACCUCAAGUCCGAGCUGGGCGGCAAGUUCGAGGACGUGAUCCUGGCGCUGAUGACGCCGCUGCCCCAGUUCUACGCCCAGGAGCUGCACGACGCCAUCUCGGGCUUGGGCACCGAUGAGGAGGCCAUCAUCGAGAUCCUCUGCACUCUGUCCAACUACGGCAUCAAGACGAUCGCCCAGUUCUACGAGCAGAGCUUCGGCAAGUCCCUGGAGUCCGACCUGAAGGGCGACACCAGCGGCCACUUCAAGCGUCUGUGCGUUUCCCUGGUCCAGGGCAACCGCGAUGAGAACCAGGGUGUGGACGAGGCUGCUGCCAUUGCCGAUGCCCAGGCGCUCCAUGACGCCGGCGAGGGACAGUGGGGCACCGACGAGUCGACCUUCAACUCGAUCCUGAUCACCCGCUCCUACCAGCAGCUGCGCCAGAUCUUCCUGGAGUACGAGAACCUCUCGGGCAACGACAUCGAGAAGGCCAUCAAGCGGGAGUUCAGCGGCUCCGUGGAGAAGGGUUUCCUGGCCAUCGUCAAGUGCUGCAAGUCCAAGAUCGAUUACUUCUCGGAGCGCCUGCACGACUCCAUGGCCGGUUUGGGCACCAAGGACAAGACGCUGAUCCGCAUCAUCGUCAGUCGCUCGGAAAUCGAUCUGGGUGACAUCAAGGAGGCAUUCCAGAACAAGUACGGCAAGAGCCUGGAGUCCUGGAUCAAGGAGGAUGCCCAGACCGAUAUUGGAUAUGUUUUGGUCACGCUUACAGCUUGGUAGACGGAUGCAGCCAGAAUAUACGAAUAUUUGAGCAAUAUUCCCACUGCUAAAAUAGAAAAUGCCAAAAAAAUCAAACGAAAACAUUGCAUUUCCCCAAUCAAAAUAACAAAAGCGGAGAACAAAUGAAAUUAUCUAUUUACAAAUGAGAUGUGUUCUAAAAAUCCAAUCUGCGAAACCUUUAGUAUUUUCCCUCUGUGCAAUAACGUCUAACGUCCAAGUCUUUAUCUUCGACUACGAUUAUUUAACAAUUUACGUACUUUAUUUUGUAUACAUGUCUUUUAUUGUAAAUUAUUUUGCAUCGAACUCGUAUGUAUAGUUUGUGCUUGUAUUAACUAAUAAAGUUGGCUUACACUCAA